CCUUUCCAGGGUACUUCUUUUCCCCCCACUCUCCAGUCGCCUCCGGUACCUGAUCCAUAGAACAGCAGAGAAUUUUGAUCUCUUGAGCAGCUUCUCUGUUGGGGAGGGCUGGAGGAGGAGGACAGUCAUCUGUCACCUGGACAUCAGGCUGCCCAAUUCAGAUGGCCUCUCUGGCCCCUGCCGCCCUCCUGCCUCCCAUCCUGGCAAGCACCGUGGUUCUCGGCCCAACUCGAACCAGGGAGCAGCUGCUGGUCCCCGAGGGGCACGGGCUGGCCGUUGGCAUCGUGGACGCAAGCCAGAUCAGGCUUUGUAUGUGCCCCGGGUGCUGCGAAGGCAGGAAGAAGGGGCACCAACCCAUGCCCCAGGCCUCAAGGGAGAGGCUCCAGCUGACUGUGUCCUGAAAGAGCCUGGAGAUGUUGGUGCUGGGGACCCCAACUCUGAUCAGGGACUCCCUGUGUUGAUGGCCCAAGCAACAGAGGACCUAACAGGCUCAGGCCAGAGUUGUGAGAAUGAGCCACUGCUGGACCCAGUUGGCAAUGAGGCCCCAGGGCCUGAGAGUCACUCAGGAGAAGGAGAUGGGUUGGAGGUAGCCAAACAGCUUGAGUCUAGCCUGCAGCUGAACCUGGCAGAGGGGAAUGAGAGUCAGCUGGAGAAGAGCAUGGUGGCAGAGGAGGAGGAGGAGGAAGAGGUGGAAGAGGAGGGUCGUGGCAGCUGCUCAGAGGACGAUUACAGUGAGCUGCUGCAGGAGAUAACAGACAACUUGACUGAGAAGGAGAUCGAAGUAGAGAAGAUCUAUGUGGACACGUCCUCCUUUGUAGAGGAGCUGCCUGGUGAGAAGGACCUGGGCCAUGUGGUGGAGAUCUACGGCUUUGAACCAGCACUCAAGACAGAGGACCUAUUGGCAGCAUUUUCUGAGUUCCAAGAGAAGGGCCUCAAGAUCCAGUGGGUGGAUGACACUCAUGCUCUCGGCAUCUUUCCCUGCCUGGCCGCAGCUGCUGAAGCCCUGUCCAGGGAUUUCUCAAUGCUCAAGAUCCGGCCCCUCACACAGGGAAGCAAGCAGUCAAAGCUCAAAGCCUUGCAGAGGCCAAAGCUCCUGCAGCUGGCAAAGGAGAGACCACAGACAAAUACGGCGGUGGCCCGGAGGCUGGUGGCCCGGGCCCUGGGGCUCCAACACAAAAAGAAAGAGCGGCCUGGGGUUGAGAAUCUCCUGUCCUGAGGCAGCAAGCCCCACAAGCCUGGACCCACGCCCCAGGCACUAACUUGGCACUAACACCAAAAGCCUUUACAGACACCACAACAGCCCUGCGCAGGCCGGGAUGAUUGUUGGAACCUCACUGUGGGGCAUGGUGGGCUUUAGUUUGGUCUACUUCUAGAAGUUGAGGAAAAAUAAAAA